CUACUGCUGCUGCUGACGGCGGCAGUGUUUCCUCCUCCUCUAGCUGCUGCUGCUGCUGCUGCUCCCACUGCUGGGGGAGAAUGAGGAAUCCUGGGGAAGGGGAGAGCUGAAGCGGUACUGUCUGUCUGCCUGAGGGAGAGAGCAUGUGUGUUUAGCUGUGUGUACGUGGCUAGAACACUACAUACAUCACAUAUAUAUGCAUACAUAUAUAUAUAUAUAUAUAUCUGAGCUGAGGGGUUAUUUGAAACCUUUAUUGGUUGCGCUGCUCAGUGGAGAGAGAAACGCUCUCCUGCAGUGGUAGAAGCAGCACAGGCAGCGGCACCACUAUCCCUCUCUCCCCUCUUUUUUUUUCUUCUUCUUUUGCAUCCUCUUUUUCUUCUCCACACUUCCUUCUGUGGUUUUCGGAGGAAGGACGAGGGUGCUUGUUGGGUUCCCCCCACCCUCCUCCUUCUUUUGACAAAUUCCUUCCUCAUGACAUUACACCGGCUUGUUGCGAAAGAGGCAAAUACCCAUCACUGAGGGAGAGAGGACUCACUCUACUGCUCCGAGCCCGAGAGACUAGAGACUGGAGAAGAAGCGGGGAAACGAAGAGGAAGGGGGCUUGGAUUCUUCCUUUAUCUGGGAGCAACGCACCUUCCUACAAGAACAAAACAGACAGACAGAGAAGUGGAGGGACCUUUGUCACGGCUAUUCUGCAGUGAGCACUGGUAGUAGAAGGAGGGAAGGAUGGUUAUGGUCUCGCGAACGGGCUGCGGGGCAGCUGUUUUCCUUUGGAUUUUGAGCAGCAUCAGCUGCAGAGCCUGGACAGCUUCUUCUACUUCCCAAAAAUGUGAUGAGCAACUUGUCUCAGCAUUGCCCCAUGUUGUCUUCAGCAGUUCAUCUUCCAUGUCCAGCAGCUAUUCUCCAGGUUAUGCCAAACUCAAUAAACGAGGCGGAGCUGGAGGAUGGUCUCCAUCAGACAGUGAUCAUUACCAAUGGCUUCAGGUUGAUUUUGGCAAUAGGAAGCAGAUCAGUGCCAUUGCCACCCAAGGCAGAUAUAGCAGCUCUGACUGGGUGACCCAGUACCGAAUGCUCUACAGUGAUACAGGAAGGAACUGGAAACCAUAUCAUCAAGAUGGGAAUAUCUGGGCAUUUCCAGGAAAUAUAAACUCUGAUGGUGUGGUCCGCCAUGAUUUGCAGCAUCCAGUCAUUGCCCGAUAUGUACGCAUAGUGCCUUUAGACUGGAAUGAAGAAGGGCGGAUAGGGCUAAGAAUUGAAGUCUAUGGCUGUUCUUAUUGGGCCGAUGUUAUCAAUUUUGAUGGCCAUGUUGUAUUACCGUACAGAUUCAAGAAUAAGAAGAUGAAAACUCUGAAAGAUGUCAUUGCAUUGAAAUUUAAAACCUCUGAGAGUGAAGGGGUAAUCUUCCAUGGAGAAGGGCAGCAAGGAGAUUAUAUUACCUUGGAAUUGAAAAAAGCUAAACUGGUUCUCAACUUAAACCUAGGGAGCAACCAAUUUGGUUCCAUAUAUGGCCAUACAUCUGUGAUGACAGGAAGCUUGCUAGAUGAUCACCACUGGCAUUCUGUUAUUAUUGAACGCCAUGGACGGAACAUCAACCUGACUCUGGAUAGGCAUUUGCAACAUUUUCGGACGAAUGGAGAAUUUGAUUAUCUGGACUUGGAUUAUGAGAUAACCUUUGGAGGUCUGCCUUUUUCUGGGAAACCAAGUUCCAACAGUAGAAAGAAUUUCAAAGGAUGCAUGGAAAGCAUUAACUACAAUGGGAAUAAUAUUACUGAUCUUGCCAAGAGGAAAAAGUUAGAGCCUUCCAAUGUGGGAAAUUUAAGUUUUUCUUGUGUGGAGCCACAUACGGUCCCUGUGUUCUUCAAUGCCACAAGUUACCUGGAGGUACUUGGCCGCCCCAACCAGGAUCUAUUUUCAGUCAGUUUCCAGUUCAGGACAUGGAAUCCCAAUGGCCUUCUGCUCUUCAGCAACUUUGCAGAUGGUUUAGGGAAUGUGGAGAUUGACCUCACUGAGAGCAAAGUUGGUGUCCGUAUCAACAUUACAUUAAACAAAAAGAAUCAAAUCGACAUUUCCUCAG